AUGGACGCUUUCAGGCUGCUGUACGCUUCCCAUGUCAGACCAAGACUUGAGUAUGGUGGUGCGGCGACAUACCCCUGCACGGCCGGUGAACUGGUUAAGUUGGAGCGUGUACAAAGUGUUGCCACUAGACUUGUUGUUGGACUACGCGGGACCAGCUAUGAAGGUUGUCUACAGGCUACUGCGAUUGUGGUGGAAGAGAAGACAGACGCUGCUUUCGAACGGUGUCUGGAUGAGCAUCUGAAAGGGCAAUGGAGGAACGAAAACUUGUGGUCGGACCUUCGACCCAGUGGUGAUGGGGUUUACACGGGCACCCUGCCCUCUGCCCUCAAUCCUGAAGACUGA